GUAAAUACUGCAGUAAUUCCAGAAGGGGAUACCUUCGGUGGCGUAUCGACGUAUCGGCUAUUAAUACCAUCCGUUCGGUUAGUGCUAUCCGGAGUCUCCGAUCGCUCGACAAUAAGCCGCCCGUCUUCACCCACGCGAAAACAAUCCGGAAGGAUCGCGCCCGAGUGAAGGACACUUUAAUCGUACGUUCCAUUUUUCUCUCUUUCUCCUUAAUUCCCCCCUCCCUCUCUUAGUAUCUCUAUCCCGUUAAUGGUUAAUGGUAUUCUCUUCCCGCGGCGCAUCGUCCUCAGCGAAGGAAAUCGAAACCCGGGAGCUCGAGACAUGUGGUUCCGAUCGCCGCGGGCGCUUCUGCUCCUCCUCUGCGCCGUUUUGCUCGCAACGGCGGCGCAGGAGAUCGGGGAAUGUCGAUCACAGGAUGCCGACGACGAGCUGAUCUGGGAGUAUGACGUCAGGAGGCCGCACCGAAUCGGUGGUUAUCAAGAGGUAGAGGAGGAUUACGGGCCGACCGACGUGAGAAUCACGUGCAUACGCUUCAACUCGCUGUCCGACGAAGAUAACGGCGCGGCGUGGGUCACCGACGGCGGAAUCGGCCACGACUUCGUUAAGCUCAAGUUCAGAUCGAGGUACUCGCGAGGGCUCCACUACAGAGUCCUCGUUUACGGACGGCCAACCCUGAGAAGAGGUUCACCAUGGCUAUUUUGACGGCUACCCUCGGCAAAUCCUUAUCGUCUCUCGCAUUAGUACUUAAAACUCCCCUUUGGAUGCGUAAAAUCGUUUGUCCCUUUCUGAAUUCGUAAUCUUUUCUUCAAUAUUGUUUAGAUUUAUUUCUGAAUUUUCUGAUCUUCCCCUUAAUAUUGUUAUCGUAUGUAGUAAUGCAGCGGUAAAGUCAUGUGUACGACUGAAUGGAAAGAUUAAGCGAAUUAUAAACGACACGCGCUUCCGCAUCUCAUGUCGAUACACUCGCUUCGAAUCAGCCUACUUAAAUAUACUUAAUUUACGAUUCGCGAUUGUCUCGUCGGCCUUCGUCCUCGGGGCAGCGUGUCGCACGAAUUUUCGACACUACCAUCCGCGCAAUAAAUUCGUAGAUAGAUUUACCACCGUUGUAACUUAGGACGUUAACCCUUCGCGUGUCUCGAUAAUACUGACAGAAAUGGAAACGCCUCGUGACAGGAGAUAGAGACCUCCUCCGAUAGUAAAUCUAUCCCCCUCUAUUUUUAUAUUUUACUUCCGGCAAAAGUAAUAAAAAUAUAUAAACGCGCAAGCAAUUAGAAGUAUACAUUUAUCUAAUUUACUAUAUGAUGUCGCUUCUCCGCUUCGCAUUAAUUAGGCGAGGGCAAGUUUUAAACUUCGCGCAUGUGAUAAAGUAAUAAAUCUUUCUAUAAUGUCUUUUAAUUUUGACUGUGGGAAAGUAAUGUCAGAAAUAAACUAAAAAAUGUAAAAUAUAGAGAGAUCUUACAAGGCGUUAGAGGCGUUUCGAAAAAAAAUUGAUUCUGAAAAUUGAAGAAUUAAUUUUCCUAAUCGCGCAAUUGAGAGACGGUCAACGGUAGAGCUGAAAUAUUAUUUCGCAAGUUGAAGACUCGGGGGGUUUUGCCGGGGCUCGCGCGGGAAGGAAAGAGGUUUAUCGUUUCCGAAUGCGCGGUACUACCAUGUGAUGUAACCUAUAUAACCCUUGUGGGCCAAAUUCCGAAAGCAAACUGACGUGACCGCAGCGAUAAGCCCGCGUCGGGUUCCACGUGGAAAGGCGCGGGGACGACUCUCCAGAUUGGAAAAGCAUAAUACGAACCAACCCGCCCUCCCGCCCCCUCCAUCCCGAAAGCGGAGGGAGGGGGUGUACCAUCCGCGGAUUGCCUCCAUCGACGAAAGAAAUAUAUUUUCCCUGCGUGCAGGAAAUAAUUACGUGGUCGAACAUGCGAAACGAUAUCCGCCGUUCCUUUCGGGCAAUUACACGAAAAGAAAGUUUUGAUCGGCUAGUCCGGAUAGACGAGCACGUCGAGCAAUAUAUCCGCUGCAGGACGGGAGGAUUGCCUGUUCAUCAAUUAUCGAGACAUUCGAGGACAUUCCCGAUAUCUAUUCCCUUUAUAUAUAUUUUGCAAUCGAAUUCUCUCAUUUUGCAAACGACGGCUUUGAAAUAAUUAAAAGUUUACUUAAAGAUAACUUUUUAUCUUUAUCGAGAGAAAGAGAGAAAGGCAGAGAAGGUGAAAGCGAGAAAAAGAUGUAAUUCUGUUCAGCGGCAAGCAAAAUAAAAAUUUCACGUUAAUCGUGAUAUGUUAUUAUUAUUAAUUAGCGCUAAUUAUGUAUCUCAUGUCAGUAUAAAAAUUAUUAUAUUCUGUGUUGCAAUCAAAA